ACAAUCAUGUUAAGAAGUGUAUAAUUCAUAAAUUUUAAUAAUCAUAUAAAAGAAGAAGUGUAUAAAUAAAAAAGUUUCAAAAUAAACAAUAAAAUUAAAAACAAAACAAAAAUUUAUAAAUUAAAAAAUAUUUACAUUUACAAAUAUCAAAAACAAUACAGUGAUGGAAUUUUCAGACACGGAAGUUGAAUGUUUUAAAGAAAGAUGCAAUGUAUUAGAUGGAAAAAUAGAUAAACCUAUUGAAUGUACUGAAGAAAAAAAUAUAAUCAAGGCAAAAAAUGUAAGUUUAAAUAAAACUGAAAUUAAUUCGAUUAGUGAAAAACAGUUUAAUGAACCUGUAUGUCCACAACCAUACGAUUUCCAACAAUUAACUGAUUAUGUAGAAACUAGUGAUGUUGAUUGUCAUAAUAAUAAAAAUAAUGGUUCUAAUAAAAGUAGCAAUUUUUCUAAAAACAAAAAUUCAAAGUUAUUAAAUGAAGACAAACAGAAAUUAAUCAACAGAAAAAAGGAAACUGUUCGACAUCGUCGAAAUUAUUGUAAAAUAAACAAAGAUUUUUUAUACCCUGACAAUUCUAAUACGAAUUGUGAUUAUAUUUUGCCAUUGUCAGACAAGAUAUUUAAAGAAGAAAACAAAUUUAAAUACCGGAAGCAAAUUAUUCUAUUGAAUGAAGAAAGUUUAAUUGAUGAUUUCGAUAAAGCACAAAAAGAAAAACGUUCCAGAAUUUAUUUAGAACGGAAAAAUAAACAAAUUAACGACAAUUCAACGUUUUCAUUUUUAAAAAAAUUAGCUGUAAAAAUUAAGCUAUUUGAUUUAAAAAGAAUAUUUUUUAAAUUAAAUAUUUUUAAUUAUUUCAAAAGCAUUAAUUAUCUCAGUUUAAAUGUUAAAAAAUAUAUGAAUGAGCAACCGGAAGAAGUUAGAAAAAUACGUUUACUGCGAAAUAAAUGUUUGGCAGAAUUGAUAUUAAUUUUUGUCUACUGUGGAUUAGGAGCAUUAUUAUUUAGAUUUACUGAAAGUACUUUUGAAAAUUUUUACAAAUGCGGAGUGAAAAGAGUUAAAAGAGAAUUUUUGGAUGACUUAUGGAAGUACAGUUAUAACUUAAAGGAAGAUGACUGGAAGAGUAUGGCUCGGCGAAAGCUCAUGGAAUUUGAGGAUCAACUUCACGCCGCUCAUGAAGCUGGAAUUUAUUCAUACAGUGGAAAAAAGAGUUGGACAUUUUUAAAUUCUAUGGUUUAUUCCUUAACUGUGAUUACAACAAUAGGUUAUGGUCAUAUUGCGCCAACUACAACAACUGGAAGGGCUGUUACUAUAGUUUACGCUAUUUUCGGAAUUCCAAUGUUUUUAAUUAUUUUAGCAGAUUUUGGAAAACUGUUUACACGAGGUAUAAAAUUUCUUUGGGCGUUUAUACGAAGAUUGUAUUACACUGGGAGUUGUCGCAAAGUUAGAAAAACUGCACCUGUCCAAGAAGUCAUGAAAGGUGUACAAUUAGUUUACGAUCUGGCUACAUUUCGAAGACCAUCAAACAUGAAUGCAGAAAUUGAAACGACGCAAAAACAAUGUUCCGUAGCCCAAUCUUUUCAAGAUUUAAAUGAAAAUUUAACAUGUCAUCAUGAGUCUGCAUCUGUUCCUGAUACACCAGUUACACCAACAAUAUCUACAUUUGCUAUUGACGAUGAAUUUAAUUUGCCGAUAUCAGUUGCCAUUUCAAUAUUAUUAGGUUAUAUCUUUAUUGGAGCAACACUUUACCAUUUUUGGGAAGAUAAUUGGAGUUUUUUUGAAAGUUUUUAUUUUGUCUUUAUUUCUAUGAGCACUAUUGGCUUUGGAGAUUAUGUACCCACGCAUCCAAUAUACAUGAUGUGUUCCAUCGUUUAUCUCGUCUUUGGUUUAGCUUUGACGUCUAUGUGCAUCAAUGUUGUGCAGGUAAUGUUAUCAGAUCAGUUUAAACAUGCUUCUCAAAAACUUGGAGCCACAAUUGGAUUAGAAGUAACAAGCGAUGGGGGACCAAUGCAACCAAUUUUAUUACACCCAGUAGAUGUCAAAGAUAUAUGUGCCCAGGAAUCGGAGUCCAAUAAUAAGGAAUCAAAUGAAAAAGAACUUAAAAGUAGUUAGUGUCUAAAUUGCACAGGUUUACAGUGAAAUUGUCACUCGAACAAAACAUUUUUUUUUUAUUAAUAUGUGUCUGUCGAGUAAGAAAAUCAUAUUUAAAAUUUUUUUUCCUCGUGCAAUUUUUUUGUAACAGCAAAUUAUGCAUUUUCGAGGUGUGACGUCACUUAAAGUCACCGGUAGAGAAAGCAGUUAAUCCAAUUGUAAAAAAUAAAUCUCCAUUUAAAAGAUUAUUAAAUUACCUUUCAAACCAUUGGUCAAACAAAAAAAUACAUUCAAAAUUGUCAGAGUUACAGUCGAUCAAAGUUCAAAUUUGAAUCAAAUUUUAAUGAUUUUUAGACCUUCGUCAACUUUCGCUAAUUUCUUCAAAGUCAAACAAUCAAAAAAGGCAAGUUUUAAAUUUGUUAUUAAUAAUAUAUUUAAUUACGAAACUUUUAAGCCUUUAUAGACCGCGAUCGGAUGAAAAAUGACAAUUCUACACUACAUUUAUUGAACAAAGUACUUUUUCAGUUUUAGUAUAUUUUUAAGUGAUUUCGAUCUAUAUCAGUUUUGUAUAAAACUAAGUUAAGCAAAGCUCACCAAAAUGAGUACUUGGGGGUUUGAAAGGUAAUUUAAUAAUCUUUUAAAUGGUGAUUUAUUUUUUACAAUUGGAUUAACUGCUUUCUCUACCGGUGACUUUAAGUGACGUCACACCUCGAAAAUGCAUAAUUUGCUGUUACAAAAAAAUUGCACGAGGGAAAAAAAUUUUAAAUAUGAUUUUCUUACUCGAAAGACACAUAUUAAUAAAAAAAAAUGUUUUAUUCGAGUGACAAAAAAAAUUUGAAAUUUGUAAACCUGUGUUGUAAUCGAUAUAAAAGCAUACUAGGUCAUAAAUUUUGUUCUUGGGUAAAUCUUGAUGAGAUGGUCAAUUGCGUUUUUCAUUUUACAUUUUUUUGUGUCACAAUAUUUUGUACAAAAUCUGAUUGCACACCUAUUUAAAUAUAAAAAAUAAACGUUAAUUUAUAAAUAAAUUAUUUUAAAAAAUA